AUGGAUCAGAUACCAGCUCUUGUGAACAGCUGCGCAUCGGCUUCAGUCUAUAACGAGACCAACAAUACCUCUAACGUGAUGGCUCCCUCCGAGGAGUUGCCCAACUCAGCCAGCAAGGACCAGGCACCAACUCUAGUGAAACGCUUCGCAUCACUUUCGGUCUCCGAUGAUGGCGACACUACCUCAACCACUUCUGAGGCGAAAUCUCCAAACCUUGAUACUCUACCAAAUGAGCUCUUAGACAAGAUCUUCGAGGAAUCUCUUGAAUUGAACAUGACCCUCACAAGUACCAUAAUCGCCGCAAAACUAUCACGCCGCAGGCGCCUUGCAAGGAGCCUUACUCUCUUGUCUUUCUGUCCCAGCGAUGUUGCGAACAAUUUGAAUCUGAAUCCAGUGCCAAUCUGCGGCCCAUUAGGCCUGAGUCACCCAUUGACAGAAGAUGAUCGAAGAGUCUUGCAAAGACAUGUUCUCAAUGGCGAUUGGCUGACCGUCAACAUGCUCAAGCUGGCUGUCGGAGAGAUUCAUGAAGCAUACAUUCAAAAGCAUUGGGUUGACGCCGGUAUCGAGACCAAGCCGUCGUAUAUAAGAGCCUUCGAAGAACGCUGGCUCGCUAGCAACGGUGUGAUGGAACGAAAGCUGGAACUUUGUGGAGUUGACGCAUUCCGUGAAGACGUGUCUUUCGUCAUUGAAGACCCCUUCGUCAUCGAAUUGAACAGUGUCGAAGAACUCGACAGCGACCAGUACGAUGCUUUCGACGUACUCCAGGUGGUCGUUGUCUCUGACAGGCUUCUCGCCCCGCCUAUCACGGAUUCCAAGCUAGAGUUACUGUAUUUCCUGUGGAGGAGCCAGUCUGCGACGGCAAGAUGGCAGAUGACCUUCUCAGAAUCCGUAAUGCGACAGGCUGUACAACACGCCAUCUCGACCGGCGACCCUGACUGUACGUGCCUGCUGGUGGACAUCAUGUCACACAGCACCCCAGACGGCAGCUCAUCGUCCGUCAAAGUCGAAGACUUUCUCACAGCUGCAAAGUACAACCAGGCGCGCAUCUUGCAAACCUUGAUGGAGUUCGAUAGCAGAGACUUCCCAAGGACCGAUCCGAGUAUGAAGCGCUGGGCGCGUGCAGCGAGAAACAAAGGUGAUGGAUUUGGUGCGAUCGUACUAGAGUUCAUGCGAGCACAGAAUGUUCAGCCUGGCCGGCACUCCUUCAGCACCUUCUUGUUUCGCUCAGGCUAUGUACCCUACAAUUUCCCGCUGUGGAAUGCAGUACUAGAUAUGACCAAUGUUCUCGCUGGAGCUACCAUUUUCAAUUCCUCCACACCACAACCAACCACAACGCACAACCUCCACCAUGGCCAGCCACUCCGUGCUCAGGCUCUCGCGCUCCGCCCAAAUGGACUCAAGAUUCAUGCCACCCGUCUUCCUCGCGCCAGCCCUCCAACCCUUCCUCUAUCUCACCACCUCCAACACCGCAUCCCCAACCUCUCACCACCACCACCACCAACACCCCUUCUCCACCACUCCCCCCCAACAAAUCCGCCUCCGCAACCGCGAGAAGAACAAAUCGCGCGGCGUGUCCGCCAUCCGGCGCACCGGGCCACGCGUGCCCCUGUCCAUGUCGAAAUACGCAAGGAAUUCCCGACGCGCGACGACCACGGGCUGUGGGGGUUCUUCAACGAGAAGCGAACGGCGAUGACGGCGCCGGAGGACCUGGAUGCGCACGGGCGCGCGUGGACGGUCGACGAGCUCGCCAAGAAGAACUGGAACGAUCUGUGGACCCUCUGGUGGAGGUGUGUGCGCGAGCGCAAUUAUCUGGCCACCGAGGCGAAUGAGAGGCACAGGGUUGCGGCUGGGUAUGGCGAGGCGGAGAGUAAGGAGAGGGUUGCUGUGGUCAUGAAAACAAUGCGGAGAAUCAGAAAUGUCCUCCGCGACCGACAAUACGCCUACGAUGAAGCGCAGAACAUAGUGGACACGGCGGAGUUCUGGAGGGAGGAGAUUGAAGCAAACAAGCUGGAGACGAGGGAGGAUGAUUUUAGUUCGUUGGAAGGAGAAGACAGCGAGGAUCUGCUGGAACAAUUGAAGGAGCAGAGGCCGAUGGCGUAG